AUGAAUUACUACCAUACUGGAGAAGACGGGAUGAACUUUACGUCAGAGGGUUGUGUGUUGUGGGGCGAUCGAGUAAUCAUUCCUAUAGCUGAGCGUCUAGUAAUCAUUGCCGAACUGCAUACGGGGCACCCUGGCAUGACCAAGAUGAAGGCUGUUGCAAGAAGUUACUUGUGGUGGCCGGGAAUGGACAACGAUCUGGAAGAAGCUGUGCGAGCAUAUUAUGCGGGACCGUUCAUGGGGAGAAUGUUCCUUGUCAUUGUUGAUGCGUUUUCGAAAUGGCUGGACGUAUAUGCAACCCAGUCAGCUACCACAGAAGUCACGCUCGAGAAACUGAAGACGUCGUUUGCAAUUCAUGGGAUUCCCGAAAGGUUGGUAUCGGACAAUGGCACGUGCUUUACGAGUAGCGAAUGUCGUACGUUUUGCGAGAGUCAAAGAAUAAUCCAUACAAAAUUAGCACCUUAUCAUUCGUCAUCUAGCGGACUAGCCGAGCGGACGGUACAAACCGUCAAGGAUGGACUAAGGAAGCUGAAAAAACAGGAAGCUUGA